AUGGACACCCUGACCAAGAAGACCCUCGACGUCUCACGUUCGUUGACAUACACAUACUAUCACCAUCCGCCAGCCCAGCCAGAGAACCCAACUGUUCUAUGUAUCCAUGGCUUCCCCGACGAGGCCGCUGAAUGGGCCGACCUAGCCACUACUCAUCUCAUCCCGGCUGGCUACGGUGUCAUUGCUGUCGACUGCCUGGGCUAUGCUGGCACAUCCAAGCCUCUUGACCCUGCUAUGUACGCCUUCGAACACAUGACCAAGGACCUUACAGAGAUUCUUGACAACGAGAAGCUGCANAAGGUCGUCUCGCUAGGCCAUGACUGGGGCUGUGCAUUUGCCCAAAGAUUCUACAACUAUUAUCCCGAUCGUGUUCUUGGACUCGUAAUGGUCAAUGUCGCCUACACUCCUCCCAGUGAUCAGCGCUUCGAUCUGGACGCAGCCAACGAGAUGACCAAGAAGAUAUUCGGUUACCCUACUCUUCCUUACUGGCACUUGAUGGCCAGCGAGAACGGCUACAAGGUUCUUGACGAGCAUCUUGAGAGCUCUUUCACUGUUCUCCAUGGUCCCCCAGCAAGUUGGCUGGACACAGUCUGCAAGGAGGAUGGUCUGAAGGAUUUCUUGCUCCAAGACAAGAAGCAAGAGACUGAACCUUAUGCCACCGAAGAGAUGAAGAAUGCGUUCAUCACUCGCUUCAAGCGCGAUGGAUUUGCUGCACCAACGUGUUGGUACAAGGCUGCGGUGGGCGGUAUUCAGAGCUUUGAAGCCAAGAAGGUCAAGGCGAUUACUGUUGAGGUGCCUUCGCUCUUCGUUGGCUUUGACAAUGACAAGGUGUGCCGUGCAGAGGCAAUUGGUAUGGCCAUGAAGAACGGUCUNUUGCCUAAGCUUACGAAUGUCACCCUGGAGGGUGGUCACUGGGGUCUGCACGCCAAUGCUGAGAAGUUUGGCAAGACUGUUGUUGAAUGGUUGAAGAAGGAACUCUGGCUAUCACGAGACAGCAGUUCCCGACUGUGA